AUGAGGUGCUUUUUUGCUCUCAACGGAGGGAGCUUUUUUUUUCUUGUUGAAACCUUGUAUCGAGAAAGAAACGAACAAAAACUACAUCAACGAACGUACGAGAAUAUGCGGCGCAUCCGCCAGUUGAGAACAUGCUUCUCAAUGGCCAACUGCAUGCCAAAGAGGGAUAGGAGAUAUCGACGGGAGUCGAUUGAUGAUGUGCCAGAGCUUGAGCAUGAUUAUGUCCACCAGAAUAGACGUCUGGAAGCGCCGGCAAAGGAAAACAUCAGCGGAAAUUCAACUCCAAAGAAGAAUGGAGCUGCAUCGCGCCCCAUCGAUUCUGGCGUCGAUUCCGGACUCUACACCUCGGACACUGACUCGAAUUCACGAAGCCUAAGCUCGCACAACUCAACAGAUCGACAGAUCCAAGGCCUUACCGGAGCCGACUCACAAGCUGCCGGCUCAAAUUUCGACUUCGCAUUGUACUCCAACUCGCAGCUGUACGACUCAUCAAGCUACUCAACCCGAAACCUGACCAUGGCGGGCUCGAUGACAACGAUGAGUAGGACGAGUUGGCAAUCAGAAGCUGACAAGGCCAAACGCGAUUCUGUCAAUAGCCACGACUCUGGAUACCAGGUACAAAAUGACAAAAACCGUCGCUCUUCUCUGACGGAGUCAACGAACGAAAGUCUUAUUCCAGAGUUCCUGGCGCUCUACAGCCACGUUUUGCACCCACGACGAAACCAUUCCUUCUUUACCGAAUCGAGGCAGAUGAAAAUCGCCGAUUAUGAAGCUUACCACAUGUUCCCCUUCAAGCGAAAUCAGAAAGCAGUUAACAGACCGACGACUUUCGGAAUUGAAAUUUUCCACAAUUCUUCGCCAACCGCAAUUCGACAUCUUCUUGAUGGCGUGCACACUACAACUGCACGAGUCAUCACAAAACUCAACAAAGUCCGUCUCUCUGAGCUGGAAAUCGACUCCUUGGAGCGCCUCCAAAUCCUCGGACGCGGUGGAUAUGCUCACGUUGAGCUUGUGCGGAACAACAACAAUUACUACGCGCUAAAGUGCAUCAACAAACAUCGUGUAGUUCAAGCGGGUCAGCGACGACAUGUCAAGGCUGAACGCGAAAUUCUCCUUUCGAUCGACUCGCCCUUCAUCCUCAAGCUUUUCAAGACCUUCAAGGACAACAAGUUCGUCUACCUCCUAACAGAAGCAUUGAUUGGAGGAGAACUAUUUACGUUGAUGAAACGAUGUGGUCCCCUCGAAGAACCAAAAUCCGUAUUUGCUGUCUCCUGUAUUCUUGAGGCCCUGGACUAUCUUCACUCAUCUUUGAUCGUACAUCGCGAUGUCAAGCCAGAAAACAUGCUGAUCGACGAACGCGGCUACGUCAAGCUCGCCGAUUUCGGUUUCGCCAAGCGCAUGAGUAGCAAGAAUGCGAUAACGAGAACGUUCUGCGGAACUCCAGGAUACAUGGCCCCCGAAGUGAUAAAUAAACGACCGCACAGCUUUGGCAGCGAUUUCUGGUCGAUCGGAGUGUUCCUUUUCGAGCUACUUUCGUGCAAAUCUCCAUUCCGGAGAAACACCGAUGAAGCGACAUACGAAAUGACGAACCGCGGAAUUCGCGCUGUCGAGUUCCCCAGCCAGAUCAGCCCGAAUGCCGCCGAACUCAUUCGUCUUCUCUGCCAUCCAGACCCAGAAAGACGACUAGGAGCAAGAGAAGGGAUCGAAGAAGUUAGAGAGGUCGAUCUCUUACGCGAUUUCGACUUUUGCAAGCUCCGAUAUGGCUUGAUGGAAUCACCAAUUAAGCCGAACAUAACCGGACCGUCCGAUACAUCGCAAUUCGACGACUUCUCCGCGGAUAGCUCUGGUCCACCCGAUGAAACUUCUGGUUGGGACAACGAUUUCUAA